AUGCCCGUCAAAGACUACGGAAUCUGGAAGGGAUUUCCAGCUCACUACGAGCUGGAAGAUCGUUUUGAGGACCCCAAAUCCCCCCAUCUCUCGCUGUACUACCAUGACAAUAAUGCAAAAAUGCCACAAUUCGACCGUGACUACCGACACAAACACAAGGGCAAUCCACCAAACAAGCAGAAGCCAAGGGAGAUUCCUGGAUUAUUCCGCGCAGCUAUCAACAUCAAGUCCACUGGCAAGGAGUCCCGGCUUGCCUAUUGGGUAAAUCACAAGCUUGUCGAGCAUCCCAUCACCGAGAAGCUAUCUAAUUUAGACUUCGGCUUCCACCCAAUUGAAGAACUCACCGAUUUCGAUGGUAAAGGCCUGGACUUCAUCCGGGGGAACCUCUUCACUACACAGAGCGGCCGUGUUCUUCCCCAUGACAUCCCUGGCACAAAUAACGAUAUAAUUGAUGUCCUGGAGCCUGAGGUAAAGAAGGCAAUUCACCACAAAGCUACAAUAUAUCUAUUCGGCUCUAUGUUCAACACCAGAAACGGAAUCCACAAUGUUCACAUGAACCAGGGCAAUAUUCCGCACUUUGUCAAGGAUGAUGGCGUGUUUCAAGAUGGCGGCCUUAUCAUUGAGUACGACGAUCACUGGACUGGCGUUUUCCUUGCAUUCGCAUCACAAGCCGCUCACACUGAUGACCACAAUGGACAUGCUUUUGCAAAGCACGUCGUUACCUGGGCGGACGUUCUACCCAAGGAGAUCAUUGAGAACUCGGUGGCUAUCAAAGAAGCACUCGUCAAUCCACGAGGCAGAGAUGACCGGUCUGCCAAAGAAAAGGAGUUCGUCACGCUUGAGAAUCUUACAAAUCACAGAGUGGCCCUGGCAUCAUGGAGGUUUCAUAAUGCUGCUGGUCAAGUUCAAGCGCUCCCUCACAAUGCAGCUUUGGACUCUCGGGCUAUGAAGAGGUUUGAGAUGUCAAACUGCCCUCUUUCUAAUAAUGGUGAUACUAUCACCCUACUCAAUGAGGAGGGACUGAGGGUCGACGGGGUAAGCUAUGGGGCUCGGCAGGGAGCGACAGAAGGUCGUCCGAUAGUUUUUGCACAUUGA